CCUGAGCGCUCCUGCUCUCACCAAUGUUCCCACGUCACCGUCCUGCAUCGGCUGCUUCUACUUUUAUCUCUAUCGCGGCUUCCUUUAGUCUUGCCCUCAGGUCACCAGAACAAGUCCUCUAAAGCUAGUGAACUCGCCUGCAGCUGAAAAGUUUAAAUGUUUUAAUAUGUAACACACUGAUAAAAUAUCUAUUGUUUUGGAAGAGGCAUUGUUUGCAGUAAGUGAAUUGAGUGCCAUCAAUAAAAAAAAAAAAACAGGAGGAAGAGAUGCAGGACACUGAAGAGGAUGACAUGGCUUGUGGAGACUUGGGGAAUGGACUUGGGAGAAGACCUGGAGGUGUCUAUGAAGUGGAAGAUUUACAAAACUCCUAUCUACUAAGAUGUAGGAAAGGGUCUGCAAAGAUUUGCAGCCCUCUCUUGAUAACAAAGAAAGGGGAAGAAAAUGACACCGCAGUUCUUCCCUGUUCAAAACGAAACAGUUUUUCUGGUGGAUCGUCCAAAAAGCCUGGAGUUGUAGUGACUGGUUGGACCCAACAAAAUAGCUGUGAAUCUAAUUCUGAAGCGUCAAAUGAAGAAUUAAAGCAACAACUUCGAGAAGCUCUAGAGGAAGUUGAAGUUUUAAAAGCUGAGCUUGAAGCUUCUCAAAGACAGCUUGAAGGAAAAGAUGAAGCCCUUAGAAUCCUACAGAGCGUGGCAAUAUUUAAUAAAGCCACCAGUCAUACAAAAGCAAUGCUUCAAAAAACCGAGGAAGAAAAGAGAGCUUUAGAAAAGGAAAUAAAUACUUUGCAAUGGGAAAUUGAAUUUGAUCAGGAUAGAUUUAAAAAUAUAGAAGAGACAUGGACAGAAAAAUAUGACAGGAUAUAUUGUGAAAAUGCAGCUCUUAAGGAAACAUUGAAACUGAGAACAGAAGAAGUUAGAACUCUUAAAUCUGAAAAUGCAAUUUUGAAUCAGCAGUGCUUAGAAUUUCUUGCAAUGCUUGAUGUGAAACAACAGAAGAUUAUUCAGGAAAAUAUGUCCUGGGAUAAAAGUGACCUUACAGAUGUUACAGGUCUUGAACUGGCAGUUCUUGGAGCCUGCACCUGCCGUGCUUCUGGAGGGCAACCUUGUUCCUGUGCUAAAAUGUCAGCUGUAACUCGAAAGCAACUUCUUCAGCUCAAGCAAGAGAUUGAACUUCUAAAGAAGAGAAAAGAUGAAGCUUAUAUAAUGGCAGAUGCCUUCAGAAUUGCAUUUGAGCAGCAGCUAAUGCAGAGGAAGGACCAGGCCCUGAGGCUUGCAGAAGUGAAUAAAAUUAAAAAGGAAACAAAAUUUAUAAGCUGGAGACGUCUGAAAGAGGAUGGAUGUGUCAAGCUGCAAGGAAACAAGAAAAGUCUUGGACAAAAAUUAUCAGGCCUGCUGUCUUCUGGUGUGGACUGCAGGAAAGUUGAAGAACUAGACAAUCCUCAGGAAAUCCUUAAGUUGUUAAUUGAUUUGCUAAAUGACAAAGAGGAGGCUUUGGCUCAUCAGAGAAAAGUUAGCUACAUGUUAGCUCGUGCAAUGGAGAUGAAAGAGGAUGCUUCCAAACAAAAUAAAGAAAAUGACACUCUGAGGAAUCAUCAAUAUAAAGCCUUGCAAUCCCAAAGGUCAACUGAUCUUGUAUACACGUGCAGCCAAAACCUCCGUUCUCAAAACAGUAUUUAUCCAAUUUCCAAUACAAAAAAAUUUGAAAAUUCAGUAAAAUUGCUUCAAAAAUCUCAUUCUUGGCCAGAGACUAUGCGCUAUGAAGAAAAUGAUUCACAUGGAAAAACAGAUGAAACUGUUGUGAUCUCAAUAUAGUCAUCAGCUGGGAUAGUGGGUUUUUUUUUUUUUUAAGAUGCUUUGGAAAUGCUUAAAAACAAAGACGACUGCAGAAAUGGGGCUCUCUUUGUAAAACUUGGAAUUAAAUGCUAAUUAGCACCUAACUUUGAUUAUCAUCUAAUAAGAACUAAACGGUAAAACGUAUUUUAUGAACAUUUCUGUUGGAGAUAUUUCAACACGAAUGUGAAAAACAAGUAAGAUAAUUCUCAAAUUGUGUUGUAUAGCCUUUUCUGUUUUGAUAGUUUCCUCUGGCCCUGAGUGCCUUCUGCUAGGGACAGUCAUGACAAGAAAUUUUGUCAGAAUUGGGAAAAUCGCUUAAAAUUAAUGUAGAUCAGUGAUUUUUUGCUAUAAGGAAACGUUACUCUUUCUCUUUUUUUUCCCCCUUACAAAAACUGAUACCCAAAAUAAAGUUCACCAAGAAGUUACCAAAUUACCUGUAUUGUUUUCCAUCUUUAGGGUGUACUGAAAAGAAGGUAUACAUAAAGUAUGGAAAGUGCUGUAUUAUACUGAUUUCUGUAGUUCCCUAAAAUGACACUAACACUGGACACGUUUCAAAAGACUGUGUAUGCAAGAAAUAGUAGACAGCAAUUGGUAGACUGGAAUAGUAGACUGAAUUUGAGUGUGAUUUCGGAGGUUGACUAUUUAUAUUUUCCAUAUGACUUUUGAUUAUUUACUGAGUCAUUAAAACAAAAGAAAAAUCUUCCUUUAAGGUUAGCUUUUUGCAUACAAUUCCAAAGACAAUUUAGAGCAAGACUUCAGUUUUGUCUUCAGCUUGUUUUGUCUUACUGAAAAAAAAAAUCUCCGUUGCUUUACUGUGGAUCAAAUAAUAACAUUUGAAUGUUAGAAGGUUUUUGCUUCAUUUCAGGCUUUUGGUUGUAAUAUGAUGAAUUCUACUUCACGAGAGAACUUGUCGAAUACCAGAAAAUGUGAUUUGCUGCUAAUCAUGGAGUCAUUCAUUCACUAGUUUGUGGAGAAGCUAAUCGUUCAGUAGUCAUUCACUAAUCAGUGGAGAAGCUGGAAAACCAACAGCUUGGUUGUUACCAAGCUAGUUAUAUGUUCACCGAUGUUCACUUGGGCAUCUUUACCCUGAUCUAUUUUGGGUACUUAAGGAUGCUUGCGAGAAACAGGAAUCGGAUAAAAAGAAGCACAUACUGACUUCUAGCUCGUUUUACCAGAUAAGCUAUCUGGAAUAAUUAAUAAUUUCUGUUCAAGAUCUAAUGUGAAGAUCUUACAUGAAGUCCAAAUCU